AUGCCUGAAGGUACCAACAAGAAGCCGUUGCGCAUUUCCAUUGAUCGCGGAGGAACCUUCACCGAUUGUAUUUGCAAAGUGAUCAACGGGGACGAUAUUCUUGUGAAGAUCUUGUCUGUCGACCCAAAGAAUUAUGCCGACGCGCCAACUGAGGCGAUUCGCCGCGUGUUGGAGAUAUACUAUAAAACUUCAAUUUCACGAGGCUCUGAACUAGAUCUCAAGGAUGUUGAAUGGAUCCGCAUGGGCACAACGGUUGCAACCAAUGCGCUACUCGAGCGCAAAGGCGAGCGUACAGCCUUACUUGUCACCGAAGGCUUCAAGGAUAUUUUGUAUAUUGGCAACCAAAGCCGACCGUACAUGUUCGAUUUGUCAAUUCGACGAUCAAAAUCGCUAUACUCAGACGUCUUUGAGGUCAAAGAGCGCGUGACAGUUGGGGCAUGCAGUGACUCGAAUCUCCGUACCGUGAAGCUGCAAUCUCCAGAACCAGUUGAGUCAAUCGUUAGUACCUCUGGUGAGGUCGUUCAAGUCCUACAGCCGAUCGAUUUGGCAAGUACUCGGGUUUAUCUGCAAGAUAUAUAUAAAAAGGGCUUCCGCUCAUUGGCUGUGUGCCUCAUGCAUUCCUACAUCUUCCCAACUCAUGAGUUACAGAUUCGUGAGUUGGCCCUCGAGAUUGGAUUCAAAUAUAUAUCUCUCUCACACCAAACCUCUCCACGACCAAAACUGGUCCCUCGCGGAAACUCCACAGUGGUUGACGCAUACCUGACCCCAAACAUCGAGCAAUACUUGCAACAAUUCUCAAAGAAUUUCCCCAAUAUUGAAAAGUCGGGGACACGAUUGGAGUUCAUGCAGUCAGAUGGUGGAUUGGUGCCUUCGUCAAGCCUCUCUGGGCUGCACUCUAUUCUCUCUGGACCGGCAGGAGGUGUUAUCGGAUUUUCUCAGACAUGUUUCGACACAGAAGAGCAAACCCCUGUCAUUGGAUUUGACAUGGGAGGCACCAGCACCGACGUUAGUCGAUACGACGGAGAGCUGGAUCACAUCUUUGAGACAACGACUGCUGGGAUUGCGAUCCAAGCCCCACAACUUAAUGUGAAUACCAUCGCGGCUGGUGGAGGAAGUAUACUAGCUUGGAAAGAUGGACUUAUGUCAGUUGGUCCCGAAAGUGCCACCUCCAAUCCUGGACCGGCCUGCUACCGUAAAGGAGGUCCUCUGACUGUGACCGAUGCAAAUCUGGCACUGGGUCGACUGCUGCCAGAGGAGUUCCCCUCGGUGUUUGGUGUUAAUGAGGACGAACCAUUGGAUAGAGAGGUUGUUCUUGCUAAGUUCAAGGAUCUCACUCAAACUAUCAACCAAGAAACGGGUAAAACGCUGACGUGGGCAGAGGUUGCAGAUGGUUUCCUUCAGGUCGCCAACUCGGCGAUGUGUGGACCCAUUCGAAGUUUGACCGAAGCCAAGGGUCAUGAUGCUGCAAAGCAUCACCUCGCGUCAUUCGGUGGUGCAGGGGGUCAACAUGCCUGCGCUAUCGCCGAAGCCCUAGGAAUUAAGAGAGUCUUAAUCCACAAAUAUUCCUCUAUCCUCUCUGCCUACGGGAUUGGAUUGGCAGACCUCGUGCACGAGGAAGAGCGGGUAUGCGCAAAAGCCUUUGACGACUCUACGUCCAAAACGAUAUACAGCGACAUAGAUAUUCUCGCAGACACCGCCCGAGGCAAUGAGUCCAUGAAGCCGUUCAACAUUGUUCAGACCCGCCGCUUCCUGAAUAUGAGAUACGAUGGCAGCGAGACUUCAAUCAUGGUGUCCUUGGAUAGCUCCGACGACCCUCGAGAAGAUUUUAUCAAAGCUCAUCAUCAGCAAUUUGGGUUCACUCCUACCAACCGUGCAGUGUAUGUUGACACUAUUCGCGUUCGGGCGAUUGGCUCCAGUGUAUUCUCUGGUGGCUCCGGUUCCAAAAUCAUGGGAAUCCACAUACUUCAGUCCAAUGGGAUGGGUAAAUACACCAGUAUACCAUUUUGA